GAUGAACAAUUAUUUGGGUUUCUGUGAUAACAGAUCUGGCUACCUAGCUUGUUAGCGUCGAUCUCAGUAACGAUAUUCAGGUUAGCUGGUCUGCGGUUACAUUGUUGAUUUAGUUUCUUCAGCCACCCAGUUAACAUUAGCAAACUGAUGCUAGUUGUCUAAAACCGUGGGAGGCGAUGGGACGAUGCUGGGGAAAAAGCGGAGGCCUUGGUGCUAACAUUAGCCGUAAGCAGCAUUAUCGCCUCUCAUAGCUGGAUAAAAGACACCAACAGUGUUCAGUAUUGUCACCUGACUUGAAUUGAAUGACAAGUAGUGAGAUAACUAUAAAUAAUUGGAUUGACGGAUUUUUAACAUUUCAAUUCAAUCCAUGUGUUCCCUGCUGCGCUAAAGGGAAAUGGAAGGGGAAGAGUUUAUACCUCCUCCGGAGUGUCCAGUUUUUGAGCCGUCAUGGGAGGAGUUCCAGGAUCCCCUGGGCUACAUUGCCAAGAUCCGUCCUAUUGCAGAGAAGUCUGGAAUCUGUAAAAUUCGACCUCCAGCGGACUGGCAACCCCCGUUUUCAGUGGAGCUUGAUAGCUUUCACUUCACACCCCGCAUCCAGAGGCUUAAUGAGCUGGAGGCUGAGACCAGAGUGAAGCUCAAUUACUUAGAUCGCAUUGCCAGAUUCUGGGAGAUUCAGGGAUCUUCCUUAAAAAUCCCACAUAUUGAAAGGCGCAUUCUGGAUCUCUUCAGCCUGUCAAAGAUUGUGACAGAUGAAGGAGGCUUUGAGAUGGUGUGUAAGGAACGGCGCUGGGCCCGUAUAGCCCAGCGGCUUGGCUACCCACAAGGCAAGAACAUUGGCUCUUUGCUGCGCUCGCACUACGAGAGGAUUGUUUACCCCUUUGAAAUGUUCCAGUCUGGGGCCAGCCUUCCGACUUACAAGCCAAAGCACUAUGAUGGUGAAGAUGUGGACAAAGAGUACAAGCCUCACUCUAUUCCACUGCGACAGUCCGUGCAGCCAUCCAAAAUGAGCAGUUAUGGACGCCGAGCAAACCGGUGCCAGCCUGAUGGUCCAGAGGAUCUGGCCCCCCAUCCUCUCACCACUGGCUCUCAACUCAUCUCUGCGCCUGAACCUACAGAAGAAGACAUAGAGAAGAACCCAGAGCUGAAGAAACUACAGAUCUAUGGAGCAGGGCCUAAGAUGAUGGGACUUGGACUGGUGGCAAGGGAUAAAGGCAUGAGGAAGAAAGAUGAGCUGCCUCAGACAGUUACUGUCAAGGACAGCGUGUCUCCUCCUGCUGGUGAUGUGACGAUCAAAUCAGAGCCACUGGAGCCUGAAGAGAGACAACGUGAUGGGAGGAUGUCCAACCCCCAGCUACCUUCCCACGGUCUUACAGUUAAGACAGUGAAGAAAGAAGAAGUAAAGCAGGAGAACGGGAAAGAGAACAACGGGGAGGUAGAGGAUACAGAUGGACCUUGCACCAAAAUGACCAUGAGGCUUAGACGCAACCUUAACAACCCACAAUGUGUGGAUUCUUUUGUUUGCCGGAUGUGUGGUCGGGGAGAUGACGAUGACAAACUUCUCCUGUGUGACGGCUGUGAUGACAACUAUCACACUUACUGUCUACUGCCCCCACUCGCCGAUCCCCCCAAAGGCAACUGGCGAUGCCCCAAGUGUGUGGUAGAAGAGUGCAAGAAACCUGCAGAAGCAUUCGGCUUUGAACAAGCCACAAGAGAGUACACUCUGCAGAGUUUUGGGGAAAUGGCGGAUACGUUCAAAGCAGAUUACUUCAACAUGCCGGUCCAUAUGGUUCCCACUGAGCUUGUGGAGAAAGAGUUCUGGAGACUAGUCAGUAGUAUUGAGGAAGACGUGACUGUCGAAUACGGUGCAGACAUUCACUCCAAAGAGUUUGGGAGUGGCUUUCCAAUGGUCACUGGUAAAAAAGAGCUCACAAAAGAGGAGGAGGAUUACGCCCGCAGUGGCUGGAACCUGAAUGUGAUGCCUGUACUGGAGCAGUCUCUUCUGUGCCACAUCAAUGGAGACAUCUCUGGGAUGAAGGUGCCGUGGCUUUAUGUGGGCAUGGUGUUCUCAGCUUUCUGCUGGCACAUUGAGGAUCACUGGAGUUACUCCAUUAACUACCUACACUGGGGUGAACCCAAGACCUGGUAUGGAGUUCCCUCUGUGGCAGCAGAGCAACUUGAGGAGGUUAUGAAGAAGCUGACACCAGAGCUGUUUGAGUUCCAGCCUGAUCUCCUGCAUCAGCUGGUCACCAUUAUGAACCCCAAUAUCCUCAUGGCUCACGGUGUACCGGUCGUACGCACCAAUCAGUGUGCUGGUGAGUUUGUCAUCACCUUCCCCAGAGCCUACCACAGUGGCUUCAAUCAGGGUUAUAACUUUGCAGAAGCAGUCAACUUCUGCACUGCAGACUGGCUGCCUGCUGGUCGUUCCUGUAUUGAGCACUACCGACGUUUAAGGAGGUAUUGCGUGUUCUCUCACGAGGAGCUCACCUGUAAAAUGGCUACCAGCCCAGAGAAACUAGACCUUAACCUGGCUGCAGCUACCCAUCGGGAGAUGUUCAUUAUUGUUCAAGAGGAGAGGAAGCUGCGCAAGAGUCUGAUGGAAAGGGGCAUCACAGAAGCAGAGCGGGAGGCAUUUGAGCUGCUGCCUGAUGAUGAGAGACAGUGUGAUAAAUGCAAGACCACAUGCUUUCUCUCAGCUCUGGCCUGCUCCAACUGUUCUGAACGUCUGGUGUGUCUUUAUCACACUCAGGAUCUGUGCAACUGCCCCACUGAUAAACUCUACCUCAGGUACAGAUACACCCUGGAUGAGCUGUUAGCCAUGUUGCAUCGAUUAAAAGUCCGGUCGGAGUCCUUUGAUUCCUGGGCUAACAGAGUAAAAGAGGCUCUUGAGCAGGAAGAGGGAAACAAGAUAGAAAUUCAGGACCUGGAGAAGCUGAAGAAUGAAGCCACAGAGAAGAAGUUUCCUGACAACGAACUUCUCAGGAAGCUCAACACCGUCCUUAAAGACAUAGGAUACUGCCAACAGACAAGUGCUGAGCUCCUCAGUAAUUCAAACACCAGCGAAAACAAGAUUACUUUGGCAGAGCUGAAGUCUGUGGUUGAAAAAAUGCUAAAUCUUCCCUGUGUAAUGAGCCAGCUGGAGAAAGUGCAGGCGGUUCUGGAGACAGUGGAGGAUUACCAAAAACAGGCUCAAGCACUGGUCAAUAACAAGGACUGGAGGAAGGACUCUCCACAGCCUGAACAGCUCCAGACGUUGUUGGAGCAGGGGAGCAAGCUGCCUGUUGUGGUGCCAGAGUGUAAUUUACUCCAGGGCCUUAAGGAGCAAGGCCGUUGGCUGGAAGAGGUGAGGCGCACCCUUGGCACAGAAGGAGGGGAGAGGCAAGAAGUAACAUUGGAUGUAUUGAGGAACCUUAUGGAAGCAGGCUGCAACGUGCCCCAGAGUAUGUCUGUGGAGACGGCCAUGGCUGAGCUGCAGGAACUGCUCACAAUAGCCGAACGUUGGGAGGAAAAAGCGCAGAUCUGCCUGGAACAGAGGCAAAAACAUCCCCUCUCUACCCUGGAGGCAAUAGUAAAUGAGGCUCAGCUUAUUCCAGUCACACUUCCCAACAUUCUGGCUUUACAAGAGUGUCUAACACGAGCUCGGGCCUGGGUAACAGACUUGGAAGAAAUCCAGAAUGGCGAGCAUUACCCAUGUCUGGAUGACCUCGAGGGCCUGGUAGCUAUUGGAAGAGACUUGCCAGUCUUCAUGGAAGAGUUAAGGCAGCUGGAACUGCAGGUGGCCAGUGCUCACUCCUGGAGGGACAAGGCCAGCAAGACCUUCCUGAAGAAGAGCAGCCAGCACAGUCUACUAGAGGUGUUAUGCCCAUGUGCAAAACGGAGAGCGAAGCGAGAUGAGGCCGAGCCGCUGGGUGAUCCUUUAGAUGAUUCUGAUACCAACACUUUGGGGCUUUCUGCUCAGGCCUUGAGGGACCCUGCAGCUAUUGUGAUGGCUUUCAAAGAAGGGGAGCACCAGGAGAAGGACGCACUACUGAGAUUACAGAAAGUGAACAUGUGUAAAUCUGGACGUAACUCUUCAAGUUAUAAGGAGAACGGACGGUGGGAUGACGCCAUGGAGACAAACACAUCUAGCCAUUCCGAGAACUCUGUAAAAGAGAACGGGAGCGAUGGCCACAGCCGUACCGCCUCUCCUCAGUCGAUAUGUGUGUGUGGCGGGCAGCCUCGUGCUCCUCAGCUCCGCUGCCAUCUCUGUAAGGACUGGUUCCACGGUGGCUGUGUUCCUUUUCCCUCCCUGAUGCCCUCCCCUGGACCACCAGUCAACUUUCUCUGCUGGUGGGACUGGGACUCACGCUUCUUGUGUCCUCAGUGUCAACGGUCACGGCGCCCACGCCUGGAGACUAUCCUGGCAUUACUCGUGGCCCUGCAGAGGUUGCCCGUGCGUCUCCCUGAAGGAGAAGCACUGCAGUGUCUCACAGAGAGGGCCAUUACGUGGCAGGGCCGAGCCAAGGAGGCACUGGAGACACCUGAGCUGCAACAGGCACUUCAGAGGCUGGAAGAACUCAAAGAAACUCUCCAGUGUGACUCAGAAAAAGAGAAAGAAGUGGAAAAGGAAACAGAAGGGAAUUCAGUUAUUGUUUUAUCAGACUCAGAGGGAGGGGAAGGAGAGGACGGAGUCAUUGAUCUAACACAGGAUAAUUCACCGAAAAAGAAAACAAAGGAAAGCAACACCACUCAGGCUGGAUGUGAAAAUGGUACCUGCAAAAAGUCCAAUAUUACAGGUGUGGGGUCUCUUCUGCACCUGCUGCCCUCCCUGAAAGGCCAAGUGGUGGAACUGUCCCCAGCCACCAGGGUCCAGCUGGAGAAGCUGCAGCUGGAAGGAGACCUGCUGGAGGUUUCCUUGGACCAGACACAGACCAUCCACAGGGUCCUGCAAGCUGCCUCCGAUCCACCCAGAGAAACACUGCACACACUUAUUCAGAUUGAACUUGAAGAGCAGAGACGAACGAGCUGUGGACGACCCAAGGACUCAAAGAGAAAGAGGAAAGGCCACAGAGGUGGGGGUGGGGACGCAGCAGGAGAAACGUCACUGGAUGCCGCAAAGUCAAAGAAAACCUGUCCUCUCAGACAUAGCGUCCCCCCUCAUCCUCUGGUCCAGACCCACCCAGAGAUUUUGUGAUGCAGUUGACACUGGAUCUCUAUUCAAAUGGAUUAUUGCAAGAAAUUGAAGGGGCAGAGCUUUCUGUGCCAGAAGAUGGUGUCAAGUUCUACAAAGAUGCAGGACAUCCCCCAACCCCCCAUAUAGCCUACUCCCCUCUUCAUCCCUCAUACAUGUACUCAUACACUAACGGAGAAGUGACUUCUGCUACACUCCACUGUUGGAAAACUCAGCAGUAUCUCAUUAUUUCUUUCAGACUCUCCAUCUUACCCAAACUUUCUCCUCCACCUCCUCCAGAUCCAUUUUUCCUUUGAACGUUUUGAGACCGUGUUGGACCGGUAACCGUUAAAGGAGCGUUUUUGGUUUAGAGUUGUCUCUGAGGUCAGUCGGUAUGCUAUGUAUUCCCAACUGUGUUAAAUGCUAGUUCAGCUGAAGCCCGUCUCAGGACCGGCAUCUGCAGUUUUCACUUCACCUGAGCUCACUCGUUGACAUUGGAUAAGCUAUGGGUUUAUUUAGACUUGUUUUGGCAUGAAUCCCAGCGCUGAGGUACAGCGGUGGAUUUUGACUGCUGAUCUGAGACAUCACCAUGGUUACACUUGCUUUUUUUUUUUUUUUUAAAGUUGUAUUUAAUCUUGUGUUUAAAGCUAUUUUGAUGGGAGAUGCAUUUUCAAUAAACUAAGUUUUGGGAAGUGUAAAAAAACAGGCAUUAAUGUUUUUGGUGCUACUUUCCCAAAAUGGAUAUCUGUACCUCUUUGCUUUCUCUUCUUGCUCUUCCUUCCCACAUACCCUUUUGGUUUUUUAGGUCUCAUCCUUUUUGACUCAUCUUCUGUUCAGUUUGACCCUCCUCUUCCUCCAUUUCCCUUUGCAAACCAAGGUAACUUUACUGUAACUCACUUUGUCUUUAGUCAUUUUGUUUAUGGGUUCAAAUGAUUAUAUUAUUAUUAUUGUUGAUAUUGCAGACACACAGCUGUCGUGAGUUUGUGUAUAAACUUUUCAUUUUACUGUUGCCUUUGUUUCUUUUCACUCUUGUUAGGCAAAAUAAAGGUUUAGAAUUGUUUAGGACCUGUGGACUCGUCAUUUCUCGCUUAUUUACAAGCUGCUUUAUCCAGUAAAUUAAAAUCUUGACACAAGCACAAAGCAGGGACCUUGUUUUCAAAAUCACUGCAUUUAUUAAAAAAGCUUUGACUAAAAUGGCAGACAGGACAUCACAAUAUCGAAACAAAUGAGUACACCAUGUUUUUUUUUCUUUUUCUUGGAGGGGGUGCUAUGAUUUUUAGCAAAGUCAUAGAAAGACAUCCACAAGUACAGUAUGUCAAAAGCCUUCAAUGUAAAAGUUCAUGGAAAAACAUUUGUCUCAUUAUCAAACAUGCAUAAAAGGCAAAUGGAAAAACAAAAAGAUUUUUUUUUAUUCGUUAGGUUUUAUAAACAAAUGACUCCAUACAGUUGACAUUCAAGGGAGCAGAACGAGAGCAGACAGCUGAUGAAGCCGUAGGACUUAUUAGGGAGAUUAUUGUUACUAAGAAUCGUGCGAUGGGAAAAAAAAAUCCUUGGACUCAAUAUUAGUCAGUAUGAUGCACUAUAUUUAAUACUAGUUAAAAUCUAGCCGCCUUAGAGAACGCUCUGUGGGAAAAAAAAGACUGUUAAGGUAUUUAAAUAGCAUUUGUGCCUUUUUCAAUGGAACACAUAAAAAAUGGUAGAUUUCUAGUUAUUCAAAUCUUAGCAAAAGCUUCAAUCGCUUCUUUUUUUUUUUUUACUUUGUUCCUGAACACCUUUCAUCUCAGAAGCCUCCACAGCCGUGACUUGCAGCCAGUCUCGGGUAUUAUCACUUUGAGACCUCAACAAUACAAUACUGUUUGACUUCAGCUCUUUGUUUUAUGCUUCUUUAUUCUUUUGGAUAAGAAUUGUGCUUGUAUGAAAGUAAAA